UAGGGAAAUGCGAAUAGUGUUCAUAAGACCUCAGCGGAGGCACAUACCAGCUCCUUUUGUUUUGACGCGCUGUGGUGCAAGGGAUACCAAGCAUGAGAUCCCUCAGUUUAUUGCUACUCAGCGCCAGCUGCGCGCUAAUCCUUAGCUUAGCCUAUGCCCAUCCUCCCGAGGGUGUGUGGAAGAAGAAACUCACCUGGAAGGAGGAUUGGGUCCAGGUAUGGAAAACCGUCAAGAAGGAGGCUUGGGAGACCAAGUGGAAGAAGGUCUCCGUUCCAAUUUGGAAGGAAGUGAAGGUUCCCGUCUGGAAAGAAGAGCAAGUGCCAGACUGGAAGAUUGUUAAGAAACCGAAAAUCGAAGAGAGGGAAGUCCCCGCCUGGAAGGAGGUCAAGGUGGCCGAAUGGAAGAAGAUAACCAAACCCAUCUGGGUGCCCACCAAGGUGGCCGUUUGGAAGGAGAUCCAGGUUCCCAUUUGGAAGGAGGUUCAGGUGCCGUUCUGGAAGGAAAUCCAAGUGCCUGUGUGGAAGGAAGUACAGGUGGCAGAUUGGAAGCAGAUGUUUGAACCCCAAUGGGUGAAAAUGGGCAUUCCCGGCGAAAAGUUCCUGGGCAAGGAUCAUGAGGGUUGGGAGUACACCAGCCACGAUCUCUGGCGCAAGAAGCUGAUCUGGAAGCCCGUGUGGAAGAAGGUCUGGCGCACCGAAAAGAAGCAGGAGUGGCGCACCGAGAAGAAGCAAGAGUGGCGCACCGAGAAGAAACAGGAAUGGAAGACUGAGAAGGUCCAGGAGUGGAAGCAGGACAAGAAGCUGGAGUGGAAGGAUGAGUGGGUUCAGGUUUGGAAGCCAGUGAAGAAACAGAUCUGGAUCAAGGAGAAGCGCGAGACCUGGGUCGAGGAGAAGGUACAGAUCUGGCGCACCGAGAAGCGCCAGGUGUGGGCCACCGAGAAGCGACAGGCGUGGAAGGACGAAUGGCAGUCGGUGAAUGUGCCCGUGUGGAAGGAGGUCAAGGUCCAGGAGUGGAAGAAGGUCUGGAAGCCAGUCUGGGAGAAGGUCUGGGUGCCAGUAAGCCAUGGCCAUGGUUGGGACUAAGGGUCUGUGGCAAGGGUCUCCGUUUAGCCGCAAGCUAUGCGACAGCACUGAUAUCUGAUAACUGAUCCCUCCAGAAACCCACAAAAUCCCCGAAACCCAAACCUUGAACCCUUUAAGCCAUCUGCCCCGUCUGUCGCAGAUCACCUUUGUGUACAAGCGAACUUGUUGAAAUUGUUACAUAGACUUAAAGUUAUAAGGCAUCCUCCCACAUCCCUCUCCACCUGCAUUUUGUAAAAAACAUUUCGUACCCUCCUCUCCAUCUGUCUCCAUCUAUUUUUUCCCGAAGUGUACAAAUUAGUCAUGCGCGCGUUUUUGUCUUUAAGUUAUACAAAAUUCAAUAAAAAACACAACAAUGUUUUAAAAAAAA